AAAAGACAGUUGCACAUGAGACGAGAGACGAGACGCCGGACGCUGCAGACGAGAUUGACGGGAGAAUAAAAAGGACAGUUGUGAUUAAUUCUGCUUUUCUAAGAGGUUUUUAAGUUGUUUUCCAGCCGGUGGAUUUUCCAGAAGGACUAUUUUAGGACUAUCUUCUGCCUGAAAGAGGGACUAUAGACGCACGUCUUCUGGAUUAUGGUGCAGUUGGUUCUGCCUGAGGAUCUGAAGGAGGAUCAACAUGCUGACAUGUAAAGUUGACGGUUCUGUCUGCCGCCUGUGGUCCACCUCGCUGCUGCUGGUGCUGCUGGUGGUCCUGGUCCGGGAUCUGAGCGGUGCAGAUCUCCCAGAGUCCCAGCCCGUCCCCUGUAACAUCUCGGUUUCUGACCCCGUAUUGGACCUGGACUCCAUCUCGCUGACCGUGACCACGCCCGGGGGGAACUGCUCCUUCACCGUGACGUCUCCAGACGCCGGAACAGACGGCGCCGAGUGUUCGCCGAGAAGAAACGAAGGAAAGGAGGAGAUAGAGACCAGUGACAUCAGAGGAGAGGAGGAGGCGAAGGAGGAGAUGGGAAGUACCCAGCUAGGAGAGGAGGACGGAGGAAACAAGGAGCUAGGAGGCGUCUUCACCUGCACGCUGGAGCAUCUGGAGCCAGGAACCGUGUACCUGCUGCAGAUCCAGUCCCAGAGAGACGAGGAGACGGCAAACAUCACCCUGCACACCCGUAAGUCCUCGCUCAGUCCAGACCUGUAUUGCACGACACAGUACACUCGGCCGGUGACUCGUCAUAGCUGGGGGGCGUGGCUUAUGGUGUAUGGAGUCACCGGGGGUGAAACGGUUCUUUCCCCCUGA